AGCCUCUCCUCAGCCUCCCCCAGUGCCGGCCUCUGCCUGCCUCAGCCAGACAUGUCCAGCCUCCAGGAGCUGUGCGCCGGCCUGCCCCUGCAGCCUCUCCCUGAGAACCGGGGACGCUGGGCUGGGGUGCCCCACGCCCCCAUCAGAACCCCUGGCCUCAGCCCUGCAGAAGAGCAGUUGGCCCUGAAGAAUGCCUUGCGCUACUUCCCCCCGGAUGUCCAGAAGCUGCUGGCGCCUGAGUUUGCACAGGAGCUGCGACUGUACGGACACAUCUACAUGUACCGGUUCUGCCCCAGCAUUGAAAUGAGGGCCUACCCGAUCCAGCAGUACCCCUGCCAGACGAGAGCCGCUGCGGCCAUCAUGCACAUGAUCAUGAACAACCUGGACCCCGCGGUGGCCCAGUUUCCCCAGGAGCUCGUGACCUACGGAGGAAAUGGGCAGGUGUUCAGCAACUGGGCUCAGUUCCGGCUGACGAUGUCCUACUUGUCGCAGAUGACAGAGGAGCAGACCCUGGUCAUGUACAGUGGACACCCAAUGGGUCUCUUCCCGAGCAGUCCCAGUGCCCCCAGGCUGGUCAUCACCAAUGGGAUGGUCAUUCCCAACUACUCCUCCAGGGCCGAGUAUGAGAAGCUCUUCGCCUUGGGGGUUACAAUGUACGGCCAAAUGACAGCCGGCAGCUACUGCUAUAUCGGUCCCCAAGGAAUCGUCCACGGCACAGUGCUCACUGUGUUGAAUGCCGGACGCCGGUACCUGGGUGUGGAGGACCUGGCCGGGAAGGUCUUUGUCACCUCUGGGCUGGGCGGAAUGAGUGGGGCUCAGGCCAAGGCCGCAGCCAUUGUGGGGUGCAUCGGUGUGAUCGCAGAGGUGGAUAAAGCAGCCCUCAUGAAACGCCACGAGCAAGGCUGGCUGAUGGAAGUGACCGACAGCCUGGACCAAUGCAUCAAAAGAGUCAGGGAAGCAAGGAAAAAGAAGGAGGUGCUCAGCCUUGGUUACCAUGGCAAUGUGGUGGAUCUUUGGGAGCGCCUGGUCCAUGAAUUGGACACGACGGGGGAGCUCUUGGUGGACCUCGGGUCAGAUCAGACAUCCUGCCACAACCCGUUCAACGGUGGCUACUACCCCGUGCAGCUGGGCUUCACAGAGGCCCAGAGCCUCAUGGCCUCCGACCCUGCUGCCUUCAAGGGCCUGGUCCAGGAGAGCUUGAGGAGACACGUCUCAGCCAUCAACAGGUUGGCCGAGGAGAACUUCUUCUUCUGGGACUAUGGCAAUGCCUUCCUCUUGGAGGCCCAGCGAGCAGGGGCCGACGUGGAGAAGAAAGGAGCCAACAAGACAGAGUUCCGCUACCCCUCCUACGUCCAGCACAUUAUGGGGGACAUAUUUUCCCAGGGAUUUGGGCCUUUCCGCUGGGUGUGCACAUCGGGGGACCCCCAGGACCUGGCGGUCACGGAUCAGCUGGCCACGUCUGUACUGGAGGAGGCCAUUGCCCGUGGAGUGAACCCGUCUGUGAAGCUGCAGUACUCGGACAACAUCCGCUGGAUCCGGGAGGCCGCCAGGCACCGCAUGGUGGUGGGCUCACAGGCAAGGAUUCUGUACUCGGACCAGAAAGGCCGUGUUGCCAUCGCUGUGGCCUUCAACCAAGCCAUCGCCCGCGGGAAGAUCAAGGCACCAGUGGUCCUGAGCCGAGACCACCACGAUGUGAGCGGCACGGACAGCCCCUUCAGGGAGACCUCCAACAUUUACGAUGGCUCUGCCUUCUGUGCAGACAUGGCUGUGCAGAACUUCGUGGGAGACGCUUUUCGUGGUGCCACCUGGGUGUCUCUUCACAACGGUGGGGGCGUUGGCUGGGGUGAGGUGAUCAACGGGGGAUUUGGCCUCGUGCUGGACGGGAGCCAGGAGGCCGAGCAGAAGGCCAGGAUGAUGCUUGGCUGGGACGUCUCCAAUGGGGUGGCCCGGCGUUGUUGGUCUGGGAACCGCAAGGCCUACGAGAUCAUCUGCCAGACCAUGCAGGAGAACAAGGGCUUGGUGGUGACGCUCCCGCAGGAGGUGGUAGAUGAGCAGAUGCUCCAGCAGGCCCUGCGGCAAUAAGCCAGGGCCCGGGCCCAAGACUGGCCACCUUGCCCUCACCCGCCUUGGUCUCCUCCACCCACUGCCCACCCUCCCCACACCUACCCCGCACACCUGCAACUCGUGGUCUCAGGAGCUGUGUACACACACCUCACCACGCCCUGGAGGGGUGCCACACUGUUCCUAAUUCAGGCACGAGCCAGUUGUGCCUGGGGGGCCAAGGCCAGGGCCAUGCUGCUCCACAGGAAAGUCAUAGAACAGACUCCAGGAGCUGUUCAGGGGUGUCUGUCAGAUGAAACUGACUGAGCUGGGCAUCCACCAGGCCCCUGCUCAGCCUCCUCCUAUUCCCUCUGCCACCGGGGGGCCGGGUUUUAUCAGUCACCCCGUCUGCCUUGCAUUUACCCCGAGACUGUGUUUCUGUCUGUUAGCCAGUCUGUGGUGUGUGCAGUGCCCCUGGCCCUGGGUACACAAAGAAACCUGCCCAGGCCCUGAACUUGGAGGGUCCAGAAAAAAAGACAGGGAAAUAAAGGUUUGACC